CGCAGGCGGCAGGAGGGACCUCGGGGCUCCGCUCUGAACUUUGACUGCUAUCAGUCCCAGCCUCUCCCCGGGGCUCCCCUUGGCUCCCCGCUUCUCCGGCUCCUCUCUGCUCAGCCUCGCAGGAUGCAGAUCUCACCCUUGCUGGCUGGUGGACUCUUACUUGCUCUGCUCUGCGUCAGACUGGAGGCGAAGCCGGCAUCUCAGCUCCCACAGAAGGCAUCCCGCGGCUCGGCGGCGGCGGCGGGCCCGCCCGAGGCGGCGCCGGAGCGGGAGAAGGAGCGGGAGAAGGAGCGGAGCGGCGGCCCCGGCCCGCGGGAGGCGCGGGAGGCGCGGGGCGAGGUGCGGGCGCGGGCGGGCUGGGCGCGGCUGCUGCAGGACCCGCCGGGCCGCCGCCACAAGGGCCUCCACAAGAAGGGCCUGGGCAAGGGCUGCUUCGGGCUCAAGCUGGACCGUAUCGGCGCCAUGAGCGGGCUGGGAUGCUGAGGGACCCCUGGCGGGCUUUGAAUCCGUAGUCCAUUUUCUCCUACCGUGGCCAGGCACGGCCAUCCCCCAGGCAACGCCUAGAAGAGCAGAGACCCUCCCCGGAACGGACAAAAGAUGUGGCUGUGUUUUUCUUUUUGGUACGAGGAGUCAUGGCACCAGCUGUGUUGGUUUUGUUAUUUUUAAAAAAGUGCUCUCUAUCUUAUAUAUAUUAUAUAUACAAACACUCACCAAGACAAGGGACAGUGCUUUUCCAAGAGACUGAUGAAGCCAGCUGUAUAAUGUUGCUGUUUGUAAAUUCAUGUCAUGCAUAAAUGUAUUUAUGUUGUAAAGCUAUUUAUAUAUUGUUUAUAAAGAGAUAUUUAUAAAGAAAUUAUUUAUGUAACUAAACGAAAAGUCAAGCAUUGUAACAUUUUUUGUCCUAAGUAGUUGAAAAACUUAAAAAAAAAAAAAUCAUUCCGUGUGGCAUUUUGUAACCUGUCUUUAUUUAUCAAAUUCACGUACAAUUAAAUGUCAGAUUGACUGGUUGUAACAGAGUUAAAGAAGAACUUGUUCAGAUGUUUUAGAAAAGUCAGGAGCAAGAGAAAGGCCGGCUGAUAUUUCAAGCUUUGAUCCCAUAUGCAAAAGUAAACUUGUGCCUCCCAAUCCUGUGAUGCUCCUAUGGACCGAAUCCUGCCUGGUGCUGCACGCAGCUGCAAGCCUCUGAGGGACUCGACUGAACUCCCUGGGACAGCAUGCGGCCUUGGGCAACUCAUCCAUCACCCAGAUUGGAAUGGCACCCAUGGAAAUAAGCCUAUCAUGUUCAACAGCCUAGACUCGCAUUGAUAGCAGCGCAACAAGAGCAGCGUUUGGCCUAGGCCACUUUUAACCGCUUCCAGGCUGUGGGUUUGGGUCCAAAUUUCAUCCCAUAACUAUAGCUUUAUCACUGGGCACCGUACAGAGAUGCGUUCCCUGCUGACAGCAACAAAGAGACCGCGCUGGAUCUGGCCCCUGGCUGCGUUAGUGGGAACAGAGCUUUAUGUCGGAAUUGCUGUUGUUUGAGGAUCCAGCAGCUCACUAAGUAUCUUCUUGAUAUUCUCACUCACCAGGCCUUCGCUGCUAAGCUGUAAAGUCCCUUCCUCCAGCAGAGAUUUAUUUAAUUGUGCCUGGGACAAUACACGGACAGACCAAAAUAUACCGAGGGCUGCCUGGUAAGGAUUCACGGACACCGCUGUUGCUACAGCUUCUUGCUAUGUAAAGUGCAUGAAAUAAAUUGUUAAAACGACUCGGAGCUCUAAAGGAAACAGCAAGGAAGGGGGCGGGGAGUGCAGCAAACACACAAACUUCAGCAUGAAGGUUCUUUGGUCUCACUCUUCAAAGAGGCCUUAGAAAAAAAGAGUGGCAGGCGCCCAGCCCAGCCGUGACAGGAGUCACAAAUUACGCCCUGACCAUUGUAGUGGGCUGGGAAACAACGAGCAUUAUGUUCUGCUGGGCUCCAGUGCCUAGGACAGGGCAAAAAGAAAGUCACCAAGACCUAGAGGCUAAGAGAUCCUUUUGCUUAGCAACCACCAGGAAACCAUAGAAACCUCCAGCCAGAUUCUCCCCAACUGUUAGAGAACAUUAGGCUCACAGAACAAGAGGAUCCAGGCACCCAAAAGCUAAAUCAUCAGGUUAGGAGCGCGCAUGUGACGUUUCUAGCUUUGUAUGAGUAAGGUUUCCGUCAGAGACAGGUACCCACCUUGUGGUGCCCAGAGUCCACCUGGAUGGGGAGCAGCAGCUGACAGACCACGUAAGAAGUUGCCUAUGGGGAACAAAAUCAAGACCCUGGGAGGGAGGCAGGACGGGCAGGUGGCAGCUUGUGCACUGCCUCGGGGUAAGCCAAAGCCCUCCAGAAAUGUCCCUAGGUAAUGGCAACCACCGUCAGGGCUCUGUAAGACAAACACAACACUUGUGAAGGCCACCCUACUGGCUCCACACAUCUUUAGAGGGAAGGAGGGGCUGUGCCAGGAGCUCCUAAAGAGAUGUCCAUCAGAGGGGACUGUCCACUGUCACCCAGCAAACCUAAGGGACAAUAAAGAAUCAUUUACUGUCCAGAUCUUGCACAGGUCUGAACAGCAGUGUAAAGAGAUAGUUCUUCAGAUCCUCCUCAGGGUCCUGGUCCUUGAGCAUGAAGCCAGAGUAGUGACCACAGAGUGCCAGGCUGCGACUAAAGUGGGGCCAAUUCCCCUUCCAGCUUUGGCUUCUUGCUGCAAAACCAGAGCUGGAAUGAAACCAUCUGCUAGAUGACAGGGAGCUUCUCCUCAACAGAGCAGGAGGAACUGUCUCAGGAAUUCAGUCCCCCAAAUUUGACAACUUAUGUGAGGCACAACACGAGCUCAGGUCAGAGGAGAUCUCAGAGAUCACAGUCUGAGGAUGCGCAUGGUCUUGAUUUCUGUUCCUCCUCUGCAGUGUAGUCUGAGGGGAAAAGCACAGGUUCCUUCCAUCCACCAGGCUUUAUGGAAAAGAGCAAGUCCAAGGAAAAGGACAAAGUUUCAUUGCAAAAGGACACCGGUUUGGCAGAAGGACAACGACUGGAGCGAGGGCUCCCUGUGCAGAGGGAAGUGGUAACAGCUUGUCUCCUUGCUUUGCUGCUUCUGCUCUGACAGGGAUAAGUCACCCUGUUCCUCAGCAUGCUGGUUUCCCACCUGUGGGACAGAAACAUCAUGCCCACGUGAGGGUGAGAGUGCAUGUGCAAGAGAGAAGGCAGCACUGAGGGUGAAAGAGCACUUGGGAAAACUUUCAGAUCCACUCAACUCUAGCACCCACAUGGCACAGCCAGACCAGUGGGUCUGAUGGGCAGAGUGGCAUUGCGAGCAGAGGUCAGUUUUCAAAGCGCUGACAAGCACCUUCCUCGGUUCGUCAGACAGGCCAGAAUGGGAAAUGGAAACAGCUCAUUAGAGCACAGCGAGCACCUGAUAAAGCCACAGUUGGGUUUCCCUGACAGGGGCUCAGUAGGAAACAAGGCCAGCAGGAAAGAGAGGGGCCACAGGAAUCUAAUUAAGAGGGGAGAAGGCCUCACGUGCAGAGGAAAACAAAUUGAUCUCGCAUCACUGCCUCCCUUGUGGGCCAGCUAGGUCAAACCCUUGUGACAUCCAGUAAAAGGAUCCAGGCCCAACACUGGAAAACUCCUUUGCCACAUCCCAGCCUGGAGACGGCAUAACUGAACAGCAAGAGCUGUCCUAGAUGCAAGCUGCAGCCUUCGAAGGAGGUGGCAUCUGAUGUCUCAACAGUGGAUUAGGAGAACAGCAUUUCACAGAGGUGUAUACACACACCUGGAAGUGAGGGGGUGUGUCCCAGGCUCCUCUGCCCACAUUCAGGCCAAACUAGCACCUACGGGACCUAAGCAUUUCCUGCUCUACCCACUGAAUGAGUAGGAGUCACAUUCAGCUUCCAAGUGGGAAUGCUUGUGACAUGACAUAGGAGCAGCCUUCAUUUCCCCUCUCCAAGAGCUAUUCCUAGCAUAAGAUGAGCCAUAGGCCCAGCCUGAAAAAGCACAUUGCUCUCUAGUGAAAAAGGACAAGAGUUUUCUCCAGCACUGUUGUACAAGUGCCUUGCAAAGCCCAAACAGGGCAGAGCAGAUCUUGGAGCUCCCAUAACAGGGACACAGUUGUGGGAAAUCAGUUCUGUUCCCCCCAUCCACAUCACAUGUUCUUCCCUGGUACCCUUAAUACAACUUUUCCAAGGUGUUUCUUGCUGAAGGGUUACAACACCCAGCUCCAGUGACACCAAAUCCCAAACCAAUGGAGAGAAAGAAAAGCACAGAGCCCCAGAGCAGGAGAGUAGUGGAAUUUUCCAGCUGGAAAAGGACUAGAGGCAUUAAGCAGGGACUGCUGGAUGCAGCAGCACACAUGCCUCUGCCACUUGCUCUAGGACUUCUGCAAGCAUGGGCUGCUUCCCUCAGAGCGCAGAAAAACAAAGGGAAGGGAUCACAGGGCAUCUUCCAGAGGGAGCCUGCGUUUGACACAAGGGCGAGUUGAAAACAAGAAGGGAAUUGAAUUUGGGCCCCUUCUCGUCAGUCAGCAACUAACCUUGUCAGAAGAGAUGGCAGCACUAACCGAAUCAGGCAAUUCAUUAGGUUGGGGCACACAGCAAAAGCCCACGCUCUCUGCAGCUGAACUACAGUGAGAAUCCAGGGUAAUGAGUUGCAAACCGCCUUUGUAAAUAACACUUCUGCCGUGACUCUGGCAGGCUGGGAAAGGAGCUAAUAGGAAAAAUCAUUAGAUAGCAUCCCUUUGAUAUUGUUGAAUACGUCACAGGCUAUUUUUUCUGCCCCCUCCAUAAUUAACCUGGCAAAUUACCCAUAAUACUCCAGGCUGAUAUUCCCACGGUGGACUACCUUAUUUGCAUCAGGGGAAAAGAAGGGUACAGUACAUGGAAGAUGACUUGUAGAAAAGCUUAAAAGGCUUUAAAGAUUGCCCCCUCCCAUACACAUGCAUCUUCUUCAGUUCCAUCAGCAACGAAGCUCUGCCCAGCCAGAAGACAAAAGCACUUUACAAAGCUCUGUCACAAAGUCAGCACGUAAGAGAGAAGCUGUCCUGGGAAAUGCGGCUGUGGAGCAGCUGAUUUGCCCAAGGUUACUUUGUGCAGCUGUAGCAGAGCUGGAAUAGGACACAGUUCUGUGCUUUGCCACUUAUUUCUAACACUGUCCUUGUCCUUGAUUUCCAUUACGCUAAACCAGGCAACAGACUGCGCCUCCCUAGAUGCAGAACAGCUCUGAGGAGCAAUGCCUACCCACCUGGCUUGUCUGCCAGCAAGGAAAGGUGUCAUCUCACAGUCAUGAUGUAAAAGGAAUAGCAUCACAGCUGGCAGGUGAUCUUGUAGGAACUGGUGCUCUCUAACAGCUGCGAAGGUGACAAUGAAACACCAAGACAUUACUUAUUGCAUCUGCACAAGGCAGCCUUAGGACUGAGCUGAUCAUGAGACAGUAACAUCAGGGCUGGUGAGAUCAACAGCAUCUUCAGGAAGAGUCUGUAGGGCUAGACAGCACUGCUUCCAAACUACAUAAAGAUAUGGCCUUAUGGUUCGAAAAACUCAAAAUAAUCACAAAAAGGACAAUCUCUGAUGGCGCAAGGCUUCACUUACCCACCACAAUCAGCUCUUUUGGAAACACAGGGUAUAACAUGUGCAUGAGCAUUUGAAAAAUGUCCUAAUAAUACUGAGAUUCACAAGCUUCUAUAGGAGACCCAGAACUGUGGAAGGGUGUCCUAUGUUCUAGCAAAAUUAUAUCAAGCGAUGACUAUCGGCAUGAACUCUUCUGUGCUCUGCGGGGAAAUACACAUUUCAGGACUGUUAAACGACAUUACGGCACCCUAUUACUACCUAAGAACUUCCAGUGUGCAUGUUCAUUUGCUAGGGGGGCACAACGUGUAGUCUUCUUGAUAAGAAAAAGCCAUGGUCACAACUAUCACACUCAGGCAAUUUGCAGCCUGUAGCAAAUACACCAGGGCAUCCUGCAAGGUCUACACGCUGUGGGAAAAAGAAGCAUGCAUGCCUGUGCAGAGACAGGGAGCAAAGUGCUGCUGUGCCUAACCCUUUGCCUGGUUCACUAACCAGAGACGGAGGUACCACCACAGUGCCAGUAAGAAGCAGGGUACAGCUCAUCAGGCUAGGAGUAAAUACGCCCUCUCCUCAGAGCACACACCUCUAGCUUCAAUCACUUACCUCUGGUAGCUCUGUGGCAGGGCCAAACUUGAUGAAACACCAGCAAAAUGUCAACGGUGCCUGAAAGACACUGACCUUCACCACAGAGCAGAGUGAAACAAUGACAUAUUUCUAAAAUCUCUACUGAGAAAUUCCAUCAGGCUGUCAGGUUAGAAUUCCGUAACAAAAAUACAAGGUUGAGGUUACGAGGAGGAACUGAAAUCACUCUAAACUUUAGUUUACCUUUCUUGAUGCCCUUGGGUUACUGUCAGAUUACACAAAAAUAAGCUAGACAGAUUCACAUUUUGGUUCCCUUGCAUUAGGUCAAAUGCUAUAAAGGACUUGGGGGGCAGAACCAACAGAAAACUUUGUAUGUGAGCAGGUGCCAGGGAUGUAGAUAGUUGGGUCUGGAUACUUGUGAGGUGGGUUCUUUUAUUUCUCCAUUAUUCAGAGUAAUGAAUAUUCUAUAUAUCUCUAUUGCAAAGUUUACAACAGGCUCAGAUACUGAAGUAAAACAGCAGCACCACUGCACCUAGGAAUGUAUUUGUUUUGACUGUUUCACCCCAGGAGAAGGAGGGCUUUACACGGUUUUCAAAAUCAGACUCUCUACACAGGUUAGACACACUCCUACAAACCUGUACAGAACUGAAAGUUCAUGAAAAGUCCCUUUUACCCACGUGAUUUGUUACAUUCUAAUACAGCUAUCAAAGUUGAUGGCACUCUCCCUUCUGCAUCCCCUGCAAAGAACAAGCCCUGCCUCCUUUUUCCAUGUACAGACCAAUGCAUUUUUCCCUCACAUGAUAAGCAGAACACUAAAACCAAAAACAUCCACUGGAUUCUGUAUCACUUUCCAUUUUUCCAGGAACAGAAAGUUCUUCAGCAAAAUUCACUUUGCAGGGCUGGUGGGAAAAUGGCCAUCUCUUACCAAGACUCUCUUCUAUGG